AACUACAGCUGAGUCAGCACCUCCCUGAAACACUAGCAUUUGUUGCAUGACAGAUAUAUUACAGCUUUAAACUUGCAACUGAGUGAAUUCUAGAAUUUGAAUUUUAGGAUUUUUUCCUGCUUCCCCAAAAUCAAAUUUUCCCACAAUCCCCAUUGGCCACAGUGUAAGGUUGGAUUCAGGACAUUAUGAAACAGUCAAGGCUGCAGCCAAACUGCUGAGAGGCAAACAUGCAAAGUUCCUAUUUGCUCCACGUUGACCUUUGGUCGGCAACUCACGUCACAACUUUCCCACCUCUCCCCCCCGAGCUGCUUUUCUUAAAAUCUGUGUCCUCGUCCCAAGAAAAUGAGAUGUGUCCGACUGUGAUGUUUUUUCAAAGGUGUUUUUGUGGGUGUUUCCCCUUUAUUGAUACGGCUAUGAGCAUGAAAUGAGGAGGAAGAACAAAUUGCAUGAUUCAACACAUUUACUACAAAACUUAAAGCUUUGUGGCCAGAAAAUUCAACUGUACAGUCGUUGUCGUUGAGCCAAUCCGCUCCAACACUUUCCCAGUCAUUCACACAUCUGCUCUGUCAUUGGCUCGGAGCAGAGACGACCCGCUGAUGAGCCUGACUGGUGGUGUUUUAUUGUGACUGUUGUUUAUAGCAGGCACUCGGCCUAAUGAAAUAACUCAUUAGCGGUAAUGCUGACACACUAUAAUAAUCCAUUCUUCUUGUUCAGGAGCUAAACUUUCACACACUGCAACCGAAUUCACCCACCAAACAUCAAAAUGUUCAGCCUGUUCAGGAAAACUCUGAAAACUUUUUUCAAAUAUUUAUACUUUUUGAAAUAUUCCACUUUUUAAAAUUAUUUUUUAGUAUCAUCAAUCAUCAAAUUCCUUUUUAUCUUUUGGCAAAGUGAAAACUUAACCUCGAUUUGAUGUUGGCCUGUGCUUUUUACAUUGCUGCUCAGCUUUCACUCUGCAUUUUCAUCUGGUCACUUAAUAUUUAGUCAGCGACAGAGUGAAAGUCCACUGAUGUUACUCUCAAUUUUAAAUGAUUACUAUCUGAAGGCUCGGAUGAAAGGACACUGUUGCUGCAGUCUUAAAUAGCAAAGUAAAACAUAAAUUGUUUUUCUGAAAAGAGGCAGCACUGUGGGGUAAUCUGAACAUUGACUUUCUUACAGUCGGUGGACUUUGCUUUGACCCGGGUGCACAGGAGUAUAGUAACGCCUCUCUGUGGAUGUCAUAAAAAAAGGGCUGCCAGAAAAUAUAUAAAUACAGGGCUAAAAGAUUCUUUCUUUUUCGUGGAGCGAGGAUUGUGGAUUAUAAUCCGGCCAGUCCAAUUCUGCAGCUGGAACAUCCAACCUGAAGAUCAGAAGGAGGAAACUUAAAUUCAACAAAAUCAGCAGAAACCAUGGUAGGACUCAAACCCUCAGAUGUUCCCCCUCCACUGGCGGUGAAGAUGUCGAGUGCGGGAUUAGCCGCCUGCAUAGCCGACCUUUUCACAUUUCCUCUGGACACAGCCAAAGUCAGACUACAGAUUCAGGGGGAGAAGCAGGCGGUGGAAGGCAUCCGUUACAGAGGGGUGUUCGGCACAAUCGCCACCAUGGUCCGAACGGAGGGCCCCAGGUCUUUGUACAACGGGCUGGUCGCUGGUCUGCAGAGACAAGUGUGCUUCGCCUCUGUCAGAAUCGGCCUCUACGACAAUGUCAAAAAUUUCUACACAGGCGGACAAGACAAUGCAAGUGUGCUGAUACGAAUCCUGGCUGGCUGCACCACAGGCGCGAUGGCAGUGUCCUUUGCGCAACCCACCGACGUGGUCAAGGUUCGAUUCCAAGCCCAGGUGAACCUGGACGGUGUGGCCCGUCGCUACAAUGGCACCAUGCAGGCCUACAAACACAUCUUCCAGAAUGAGGGCAUGCGCGGACUCUGGAAAGGCACACUACCCAACAUCACAAGAAACGCACUGGUGAACUGCACAGAGCUGGUGACAUACGACCUGAUCAAAGAGGCCAUCCUGAAACAUAAACUGUUGUCAGACAACCUGCCCUGUCACUUUGUGUCUGCGUUCGGCGCCGGCUUCGUUACCACGGUGAUUGCCUCCCCAGUGGACGUGGUGAAGACCAGAUACAUGAACUCACCACAGGGUCAGUACAGGAGUGCGAUCAACUGUUCCUGGACCAUGAUGACCAAAGAGGGGCCCACAGCUUUCUACAAAGGGUUCGUACCCUCGUUUCUAAGGCUGGGAUCAUGGAAUGUUGUGAUGUUUGUGACAUUCGAACAAAUCAAGAGAGCCAUGAUGGCCACCAAGAAGAGGAUGGAGGACCCAAAUUGAGAUUUGUGUCCCAACAUUUGGCUGAAAAACCUGAAGCACCACAGAAAGAAGAAACAUUAUGAAUCUCAAUUCUUUCCGUGGUGACAAAGAAAACAAUCUUUUGCUGAAAAAGGAGAAAUGGACAUGCUACCUUGUAUUUGACUUUGUGUGUAAUGACCUCUUUUGGUCAACUGAGUUUGCACUUCAAAGGGGAUUCUGGUAUUUUUCUUGUUGUUACCACUCUGAUCAAAGACCCAGAAUAAGAAUUUGAGCCUGUUAUUGGUGGAAGAAAAGCACUUUUAGUGGAUUGUCACAGUUGCCCCAUUGGAUUACAUUGUAGCCACUGCUGCUGUGUCGCAGCUGCUACAGGGGCGAACCAACGUUUGUUUUUUAAAAGAGUCCCAUUCAUUAACACACUCAGGUUUAUAAACACGCGCAGGCUGAAAAAUACCAGAAUUCCCCUUGUUGUCAUAAUAAAAUGUAAAGCAUCUUUAUGAAAGUUCUAAAUAUAUUUGACAUGUUUUACAGAAA